AUGGCGGGCUCCAACAUCCCCUUCACUCAAAUCAACUUGCAUCACAGCAAAUGCGCCUCGGCGGUUCUAGCCAGGUGCGCAGCUGUGAUGCACACAAAGCACUUAUUCCUCAUCCAGGAGCCGUGGCUCGUCAAGGGACACAUUAAGGGCCUUGGAGGUUGUGGUAAAUUGUUCAAAGCAGACAACGCAGAAAGACCAAGAACUUGCAUUGUGGCGAAAGGUAUAGAUGCCUGUCUAUUACCACAAUUCAGCGACGGCGACCUAGUGGCUGUAAGGCUGAAACUUAAAACAGGCGAUGGAGGGAUCAGGGACCUGAUAGUGGGGUCUGUUUACAUGCCCUACGAUUCAGAGGAACUACCCCCCCAAAGAAACAUGAUAGAGCUAGUAGCAUGUGCGAAGGAAAGGGGACUAGAACUUCUUUUGGGCUGCGAUGCGAACUCACAUCAUUUGGUGUGGGGAAGCUCCAAUAUAAACCCGAGAGGGGAAAGCCUACUUGACUUCAUCAUAAGCACUAACUGGCAAAUCCUAAAUAGAGGAACAGAACCCACUUUCUUGGACUCUAGAAGACAAGAAGUGAUAGACAUCACGUUGGGCACAAGGGGUGUGGUGGAUCUGGUGGCGGGAUGGAGGGUCUCAAAUGAACCUUCAGGGUCCGACCACAGACAGAUCCGCUUCGACCUUGUGAACUUACAAAAAGAUGAACAAUGGGGGAGAAAUCCCAGGAAAACAAACUGGGAGGGCUUUAAAACCGACUUAGUCAGUCGGCUAAAAAAUACACCGACCAGAUUCCACACAAAGGAGGACUUGGAGAUCGCAGCGAGUUUCGUAAGCGAUGCUAUCAGGGAAUCCUUUGAACUGAAUUGCCCAUUGAGACCGAGAAAUGCCUCGGCCGGGGCCUCAUGGUGGAACGAGGAGCUAUCGGGGCUUAGGACCAGG